AUGGAGUUGCCGCCCCCGCACGUGCUCGCUCGGCUCGAUGCCAUCAUCGUUGGCCAAGAAUCGAUCGUCGCGAUAAACGGAGACCUGGAGACCGUGGACGACGACGACCGGUCGGUAUCGUCGGAGGCCCUCGGCAUCACUAGCUCGGCCACGAGCUUUUCCGAGGACGUCGUGCCCGACGAUGCUGGCGGCGCGCGGACGGCGUCGCGGUUCUGGGGCGUGACUUGGUUCGGCGCAGCAAGAAGUGGAAGGCGUACUACAUAGACGCGGACGGCAAGCAGCGCCACAUCGGCCUGUUCGACGACGAAGAGGAGGCGGCGCGCGCUUACAAUAAAGCGAUUCGCGACGUGGGCCUCACAGGCAAGCGGCGCACGAACGCGUUCGACGCGACGGGCGCGCUGGUGCCGCGCGAAUACGUGCGCGACCGCUCCGCCGUCGUCGCGCCGGACCCCUCGCGCGCGCCGUCGGCGACGACGUCGAAGUUCUGGGGCGUGACCUGGAACAAGGGCCAACGACGGUGGCAGGCGCGAUACAAAGACGCGAACGGCAAGGAGCGCCACAUCGGCCACUUCGACACGCAGGAGGAGGCCGCGCACGCCGUUAACGCCGCGAUCCGGCGAGCGGGGUUAGAAGGCCGGCGCAAGACGAACCCGGUCGUCGACGGUCGUCUCGUUCCGCGCGUGCGCACCAAGAAGGCGGACGGCCAUGGGCCGCCACGGAAAUCGCGCAAGCGCCGCUGCGAGAAGCCCGCCGCCACGCCAUCGACGCGCGCCCGCCGCCGCCAGUGCCGCGCGGAUGAAUAG